AUAAUCUUUUUUUCUUAAAAAAAAGACAUAAUCUUUUUGUCUCUACAAGAUUUUUUUUUUUUUGUGAUUUGUUGAAGGCGAUCUUUUUAGAUCAAAAUGUUUGACGGGCUUACAAAGUCCAAGUUUUAUACAAAAUGCAAGACAUUGGUAAGGAUGACGAAGACACGUCUUGACGUCUUAACGAAGAAGAAGAACAGUGUCAUAAUGUACUUAAAGAAUGAUAUGGCUGAUCUCAUCAGAACUGAUCUUGCUUACAACGCUUUCUGCAGGGCAGAAGGGCUUCUUGCUGAGCAAAACAUGUUAACCUGUUACAAUUUCAUUGAGCUGUUCUGUGGCUGUAUCUCAAGCAAUCUUUCACUCAUCAACAAACAGAAGGAAUGCCCCGAGGAAUGCAGAGAAGCUGUGCAGUCUCUAAUAUAUGCUGCAGCUAGAUUUUCUGAAUUCCCAGAACUACGAGAUCUUCGAUCUGCAUUCAUUGGUAGAUAUGGACCUUCUCUUGAAGCAUUCGUUAACAAGGAGUUUGUUGAGAUGUUGAAGCCAAAGUCUACCACAAAGGAGAUUAAGCUUCAAUUAAUGCAUGAGAUAGCACAAGAGUUUUCCAUAGAAUGGAAUGCAAAGUCUUUGGAGCAGAAACUCUUUAAACCACCCCCAUCUCAACAAGACCGUCAUAGGCAUGAACCUUUACCCAGUACUCGUAAUGAUGUACACAAGCUGAAGGAAAGCAAGCAUGAUGCGUUUACAAAAAAGAACAGCUUGAAUGAUGAUGAUGAUUACAUAUGGGAAAAGAACAAUGAUGAUGCUUCAACAAAAAGAGUCAGCCAUGACUUGGGCAACAGUGUGAAUGACACGAAGGAGGAUACCUUGCUAAAAAGAGAUGAAAGGAUUUUCAAAUAUCAAGGAAGGAAGAAUGUCAGUGAUGACAGAUACAAGCUGCAAAGCAGCAGUGAAGAUGAUGUUUUUUCAGUCAGCAGGAGAGAUAGCACUGACCAAGAUACCACACUAGCUAGUUCGAGUUCAGUUGGAAGUGUUUCAGAGGAUGAAGUAGAUAGCAAGAAGCCUAUUUCCUAUAGGUUUACUACUCCCCCGUACCGCAGAACAAUAGUUGAGAAAGAAAGCAAGAUUGAAGAACCCCUAAAAUCAAGUGAUAAAAUUGCUGCGGAGGAAGCUAAUCAUGCAGACGAUUCGACCAAUGAAACCAAGCCAAAACCAAGAUCAGUCCGAAGGAGGCCAUUGAAGCCACCACCAGGGCACACAAAUUUUGGCAGUAUUGAAAGACCAUUGAAGCCACCACCAGGUCGUGAAAGAGUUGGCAGUAUUGAAAGGGAUGAGUCUGCCAGUAUUAAUUCAACUGCAAUGAAGCAAGAAGAGCCUAGACGAGGUCUUAGAAUCUUUCUAAAAGAUGAUGAUGAUGAUGAUGAUCAAAGGGAUGGAAAAGAAAAGGAAAUAGAUGGACUUUUGAUGCAUUAUAGUAAGAAUGACUCACCUUAUGAACCGAGCAAGUUGAAUCCAUAUACAAACCCUCCUUCAAGGAAAAUAAGUGAUGAUUCUUGUAAAAGCACGAGGCACAGAAAUGCAAUAUCUGAGUUACCUCUUCCACCUGGGAGAGCAACAAGCCCGCGAGAACCAGGAACUCAAACAGGCGCAGCAACAAGGCUUGGUCGAGCUGUUUCAGCACAGCCAGAGAAAAUGACUGGUCGAUUGCAUCCCAACCUCCCAGAUUAUGAUGAUUUGGCAGCUCGGAUUGCGGCUCUUAAGGGAAGAUAAAAAGAUUUCAUUGGGCUCUUAAAUAGCUUACUCAGCAUUCUUUCUAUACUUUAAAACGCAAAAAAAAAAAAAAAGAAGGGUAAACUUGCACUCUUCUGGAGUGUCUACUCAUAGGUGAGGUGCUCAGAAUUAGUAGUUUUACUUUCUAACCAUUUGGUUCCUUAAAAUUUGUUUACACUCUAAAAAAUGUCAAAAAAGAUGCAGAUUCUAAUGCAUUCAUGAUACGUUUAGGUUCA